CCUGUUUAUCUCUUUACAAUCACCUUCCUUCUCCUACGCGGACGCAUAUCAUCUUCUUGCAUUCUUGCAAUUCUUUGUCCUCAGCCACCACCAUCUCCUCCUGCUUUGUGUUUCUAAAAUACCAACAACCCCCCUCGUUGCCCGAUUGCCCUCAUCCCCCUCCUCCAACUUCACUCUUUGUCAAUCGAGCAGCACAGGUACACGUCUUUAGCUGGACAAACAAUCCUCUAAGCCUCUCACGCCCCGGACCCAAGUACCAUUCUUCCCCCCACACGCUCCUCGACGACCAUGCACCCGUUACCCUCCCUCUUUCAACGAUAACAGAAACACAACUGUAAACAUCCGUCCAAGAUGUCAAGCUUCAGCAACCUCACAGGAAUUGGUGGCGAUGAAGCUGGACGAGAGGCUCAGUCCAGGAAUGGCCAAAGCGCAGGCCAGUUUGCCGCCUCCCUCAUCACUGCCAUUGCUCUCUUCGCAGUUCAGACAGGCGUCUUUCUUCUAAUCAAGGAUCGCUUCGCCCGCAUAUAUCAACCCAGAACCUACCUAGUCCCAGAGAGAGAAAGGACAAAACCUUCCCCUCCAGGAUGGUGGGCCUGGAUCGCCCCAGUCAUCAGCACUUCCAACUCCGAGUUCGUCCAAAAAUGCGGACUCGAUGCCUAUUUCUUCCUGAGAUAUCUACGCACCCUCCUCAAGAUCUUCGUCCCUGCCGCAUUGGUCAUUCUACCCAUUCUAAUCCCCAUUAAUCUCGUCAAUGGCAGAGGCACUGACUAUGCCGUGGGUGGCCAAGAAAAUACUUCCAAUGUCACUGGAUUAGAUCAACUUGCUUGGGGAAACGUUGCCCCUAAUCACACAGGCCGAUACUGGGCGCAUUGGAUUUUAGCCCUCGCCCUCGUCAUUUGGAUCUCCUUUGUUGCCUUUGAUGAGCUCCGAAACUACAUCAGAAUGCGUCAGGCUUACAUGACCUCGCCACAGCAUCGUCUACGUGCCUCGGCAACCACCGUUUUGGUCAGCUCCAUCCCUCACAAAUGGUGCAACCGUGAGGCCUUGGAUGGUCUUUAUGACGUCUUUCCUGGCGGAGUCAGGAACAUUUGGAUCAACCGAAACUACGACGAGCUUAGUCAAAAGAUUUCGCGCCGUGACGAACUUGCCUUGAAGCUCGAGCAGGCUGAGACCGACCUCAUCAAGAAAUGCUUCAAGCAAAACGAAAAGAACAUUGCCAAGGCCGACAAAGAGGCCGGCCACAAACUAUCCAAAGAAGAGAAGAAGUCACGAGCGGCAGUCAGGGAUGACGGCGCUGAUCGAGCUGCCCAUGGACAUGGUGUCACAACCGGUGAUCCACACCAAAUCGACCACAACAUUCGUGAUGUCAUGCAUGGCCACCACGACCGUUCCUCAGAUGACUCCGGUUCAGAUACAGAGCAAGAUGAUCAACGCAGCCGUGACAAACGCACUCUUCCUAUCCCCGUCCUUGGUGAAGGCUUCUCGGCAGUUUCUCAUGGCUUGAACAAGGUAGGCAACAAAGUGCUGGGCGGAUUCCGGGGAGCCAACAAGGAACUCAACGAGACCAUCGACACCACCAAUGGCUUCGUUGCCCCUGACCCCAGACGGGAUCCCUCGCCCGAGGCUUCAGGUGAGAGGAUGCCACCGCAGUCUCGGAGGGAUCCGGAUAGGCCUAGAGGCAUUCGUCCCUCAGAUGCCAAAGUCACCAUCGACCCACGCCAAAGAGUGCCUGAGCCCGACCUGGAGAAACUCGACACCUUCGAUGGUCAACGUAGUCCACUCUCUGCGUCUAGUACCAUGCAGGACGAGACUCCCCAAGGUGAACAGCCUCCAACUAAGACGGACAAGGUUCUCACAGCUCUCAAAAUAAAACAACCGAACAAGGAUUCAGUGGAAUAUCCCCAAGCUUUCGCAGCCGAUUUCAUCCAUCAUCCAGAUGAUGCCGUAUGGCGGCGAUAUCUGACCGAUAAGGAUCGUGAUACAAUGAGACUCCCCAUCUUUGGCUGGCAGUGGAUGUUUGCCCUUCCUUUGGUUGGCCAAAAAGUCGAUACCAUUGAAUACUGCCGCACCGAAGUUGCCAGACUCAACGUUGAGAUUGAGGAUGAUCAAGCACAUCCAGACCGAUUUCCUCUCAUGAACUCGGCAUUCAUUCAGUUCAAUCAUCAAGUCGCUGCCCACAUGGCCUGUCAGAGUGUGAGCCAUCAUAUCCCAAAGCAAAUGUCUCCUCGUAUGGUCGAGAUCGAUCCAGAAGAUGUCAUCUGGGACAACAUGUCUAUUCCUUGGUGGUCAUCAUACAUCCGCACCUUUUUCGUCGUCGUGAUAAUCGUCGGCUUGAUCAUCCUCUGGGCCAUUCCAGUUGCAUUCACAUCUGCUCUGUCGCAGCUUGAUGUGGUUGCUAAAUCCGUACCGUGGCUCAACUGGGUCCUCGAUAUUCCGCCAUGGUUCAGGAGUAUCCUGCAGGGUGUACUUCCACCUGCUCUUCUCGGACUCCUCUUGCUCAUCCUGCCUAUGAUUCUCCGAGCCUUGGUACGCUUCCAGGGUACUCAAUCCGGAAUGCUGGUCGAACUGGCCGUCCAACGCUAUUACUUCUUCUUUCUAUUUGUGCAACUAUUCCUGGUUGUCACUAUUGCCUCCGCUGUAACCACCUUUUUCUCCCUCUUCACCAGUGUGGACGGCGUCGCUAGCAUUCCCAACUUGUUGGGUUUGAAUAUCCCCCGCGCCUCUAACUACUUCUUCUCCUACAUGUUGCUACAAGCACUUUCGGUCAGCGCAGGAGCCCUUCUGCAAAUCGGCAGUCUCGUUGGCUGGUUCAUUCUUGCCCCUAUCCUUGAUAGCACUGCGAGAGCCAAGUUCAAACGCCAAACGGACCUCUCUAACAUCCGCUGGGGUACCUUCUUUCCCGUCUAUACAAAUCUGGCAUGUAUUGGCCUCAUCUACUCGGUCGUUGCGCCACUGAUCCUGAUCUUCAACAUCAUCACAUUCGCUCUGUUCUGGUUUGUCUACAGGUUCAAUACAUUAUAUGUCGUCCGAUUCACCCGAGACACAGGAGGUCUCCUGUAUCCCAAUGCAAUCAACACUACAUUUGUCGGCAUUUACGUCAUGGAACUCGCCCUGAUCGGCAUGUUCUUUUUAGUCCGGGACGAAAACAAUGAUGUUGCCUGUUCUGGGCAGGCUAUUGCUACCAUUGUCAUGCUCAUCUUGACAGCAGCAUACCAGAUUCUGUUGAACAAUGCCUUUAGUCCAUUGUUCCGUUACCUGCCAAUCACUCUUGAGGACGAUGCCUGUCGACGGGACGAGGAGUUUGCCCGAGCUAUGCGCGCAAAGCAAGGAAUUCUUGAUGAUGAGGAGACCGAGGGAGAGGAUCUGGAAGAUCGCUUGGAGCGCAAUGAGCGGGAAGAGCGGCGAGAGGAUCGCGAUGAGCAGGAGUAUGAGCUUCAAGAGAUCCAACGAGAGAAGGCAAAGCGAGCGGAGCGGUCGCAUUCACAGAAACAGCCUGAGCUCAAACCUCAGGACCUGCAGAACCCUGAAAUCCUCAUGAGUUUGGACGAGGACGGUAGGGGUGUUCGCUGGGCCAAGGCAGCCGCUCAUAAAACUGCAGGCACGACCAAACAAAUGAUUCCUAGGACUCUCUCUCGCAAAACCAACCGCCGCGAGAGCCGGAAAUCUUGGGCCGACCGCAGCAACGAGCGCAACCGCCGCAGUUCUGCUUACGGUCGCUCAGAGAGCCCAUCGCAAAGCCUGAGCAGGGAGAGGAGUGAUGAAGCCUCGCAAGGUCCAGCGAUAGAGGACCGCCCCAGCAAGUCGCGCAAGCGACGCCUUUCUCCGCCUCGCAAUGUUCUCAACACUCUCAACAACUUCAACCCUGUCACGGGAGGCCAGAAGGAUGUUGAAGCUCAACGUGCUGCACGCACACAAUUAGCCGACGCACUCUUCUCCGGCUUGAACGAUGAACUGGAAGAUUUGAGUCCCGAAGAGCGUGACGCAUUAGUGGAACGAGCGUUUCGACACAGUGCAUUACGGGCUAAGCGUCCGGUGAUCUGGCUACCUCGAGAUGAACUCGGCGUUAGUGACGACGAGACUCUUCGCAUGGGCGAAUUCAGCUCCAAUAUUUGGGUCAGCAAUGUCAGACAAGGUCUCGACUCGAAAGGACGCUGUGUGUACAGUGGAGCACCACCUGAUUUCAGUCAAGUGGACUUGAUUCGACUCUAAUGAUUUGUGCGACUGUUUACUGUUUGUUGGUGUACUCGACUGUUCUGAUCUGACCGACCAGUACGAGUCCGGGUCACACUGACUGAUGAUGACAACGAUGAUGUCGAUGAUGAUGAUGUUUACCUGCUUUCAGAUCACAGCAGGGUGUUUGUUUAUCCAUAGCGAAGGAGUUUUUGCUUGAUGGUUUGGGUUGUUCAAUUGUGAUCAACAGCACGGGGCCCAGAAUCGCUCCUAUAGAACUCACCAGGUGUGGAUAGAUUGUCUACACGUACAGUACACUUAAUUAGAG